AUGACUAAUCUGCUUUUUCAUUUUGAGCUCAAUGGUGAUUAUAAUCAUCAUCCAAUAAUUUAUCCUGCUUAUGUAGCAAAAGAUGAUCAAUGGCAUGAGCCAAUCACCGUACCUUACUAUAAUUUGACACAAAAUAAUUUUACAGUUACUCUGGCUCGCCGUGGUGCAAAAAUUCAUGAUAUUCUUAUUCCAAAUAAUUCAAAUGGUCACAAUGGUGGUUAUCGAUCAAUUAUUUUACAUUUCAAUAAUAAUGAAACAUUGAACCCAUUUGGUUCUGUUCGCUUUGAUCCCGAAUUUGUCAGUAACGGUGUUGAUAAAUUACCAUCGGAUUAUCCAUUUUUCAAUUCAAAUGAACAAAAUUGGAUAAUACAUGUUGACCAAGAAAAUCCAAAUCGUGUUCGAUUUGUUUAUCCAAAACAACGUCAAGCCGAAGUAAUUUACGAACUAUUGCCAAAUAAUGAACUAGUUAUUACCUAUAUAGCUUAUCCAAUGAAAGAUAAUCGUGAAAUGUUGGUUGAUAUGACAAAUUAUGUUUUUUUUAAUUUACGUGGUUAUGGUGAUAUAAAAACUCAUCAAAUAAAAGUAAAUGCGAAUCGCGUUGCAAAUCCAAAACAAUAUGCUAAUGAUACGGGAGAUAAACGAUUUAGAUCAGUACCAAUUAAUCCUGAACAAGCAGUGAAUGAAACAAAAACUUUCUAUUUUAUUAAUCGUUAUGGAAUUGGAAAAAAUUUCAUCGCUGAAUUAAGUGAAAAAGAAACAGGAAUACAUCUAAGAAUAUUUGGUGAUCAAGCCGGUGUGUACAUUGAUCCAUUAAUGGAAUUCGCAGAACAAAUAAAUGGCACAACUUUUAUACGAAAUAGUAUUUCAAUUCGUCCAAGACAAUCUCCAAUUCAUCAGUAUGAUAUACGAAUGCCCUUAUCACCAGAAAAAUUAGCUGCAUGGAAGGAUUUGAGAGGAAAUUUUUCAAUGAACCCAACGUAUGUAGAUUUAGUCACUGGGUUAUGGAAUACAAUGGCAUGGUAUUAUGCACCACAUAUGUGGACGAAUUAUACUUUUCCGCAAUCAUUCGUUGACGAUUUUACACAACAUUUUUACUUUCCAUUACAUGAAAUAACUUACAUUAUUUACGUUGCCAUUUUCAUAACAUUACUACGAUCUGCAUUUGAAUCUUACAUAUGCAAGCCAUUAGUCAAUUGGUUAGCUCUUACAAAAUUAAAUAAACUUAAAUUUCCCGAAUCAGCAUGGAAAUGUUUAUUGUAUACAAUUACAUGGUCUUAUUGUGUUUAUUUAUUAACUCGACGAUAUAAUUACUUCCACGAACCAUAUUUAAUAUGGGAUGACUGGGGUGCAGGAAUGCCUGUACCAGUGGAUAUUAAAAUAAUGUAUUUUGUACAGUGUGGGUUCUAUUUACAUUCUGUUUAUGCUACGUUAUAUAUGGAUUAUAAACGUCGAGAUUUUUAUGUUAUGCUUUUACAUCAUGUUCUCACAAUGACAUUGAUAUUUGUUUCUUAUGCUACACGUUAUCAUAAAGUUGGUUUGUUGGUGCUGUUUGCCCAUGAUAUAACCGAUAUCUGGUUGGAAUUAACAAAACUUUUACAUUACUUGAGUCGUCAAAACGGUAAAGAUUGUCCAAACUGGGAAUUAGCAGCAACAUGUACUUUUAUUAUGUUUACAAUUUGUUGGCUCUUAUUUCGUUUAUAUUGGUUUCCAUUAAAAGUUUUGUAUUCAACUGGUGUUGUUACUGCAUACCGUGCCUAUGAUAAAGGUUGUGGUUUAUAUGCAUUUUUCAAUUCUUUAUUAUGGAUAUUACUUGGAUUAAAUAUUUAUUGGCUUUUUUUCAUUUGCCAAUUUCUUUAUCGAGUGUGUGUAGGACAGUUGAAGACUUUACAUGACACACGCGAAGAAGAAGACGAAGAUGAACACAUUGAAGAAAAACCAGUUACAGCGUGA